AUGUAUUCGGGAGCGCCGGACGGACCCCAGCGGGACCCCCACGCGGAUAGGACCGCGGGAUCGUGCAACCGGCCGCAACGCCGGGACAAGACCCCGCGGACCCGUAGUCAACGCCCUGGGACUGAGGACCCCCGCCCGCCAGGCGCCCCGAGACUACGCCGCGAGAAAGAGAAGGUGAAGCGUUUCUUGCAGGAGUUCUGCCGGGAUGGCGAGCUCGGCAAGGAGUUCCCGUAUCGGGACCAGCUGGUGUCUCUGGCUCACCGGGAGCAGGUGGCCCUGUACGUUGACCUGGACGAGGUGGCGGAGGAGGACCCUGAGCUGGUGGACGCUGUGUGUGAGAACGCCAAGCGCUACGCCCGCCUCUUCGCCGACGCUGUGCACGAGCUGCUGCCCCAGCACAAGGAGCGGGAGGUGGUGAACAAGGACGUCCUAGACGUGUACAUCGAGCACCGGCUGAUGCUGGAGCAGCGUGGCCGGGACGCGGGGGAGACACACGGCCCCCAGAACCAGUACCCCCCGGAGCUGCUGCGCCGCUUCGAGCUGUACUUCAAAGCUCCUUCGGCCUCCAAGGCCCACGUGAUCCGGGACGUGAAGGCCGACUGCAUCGGGAAGCUGGUCACCGUCCGCGGCAUCGUCACCCGUGUCACCGAGGUCAAGCCCAUGAUGGUGGUGGCUACCUACAGCUGCGACCAGUGUGGAGCAGAGACCUACCAGCCGAUCCAAUCCCCGACUUUCAUGCCGCUGAUCAUGUGCCCGAGCCAGGAGUGCCAGACCAAUCGCUCCGGGGGGCGUCUCUACCUGCAGAGCCGCGGCUCCAAGUUCAUCAAGUUCCAGGAGCUGAAGAUGCAGGAGCAUAGCGACCAGGUGCCGGUGGGGCACCUCCCGCGCUCCAUCAGCGUGGCUGUGCACGGUGAGAACACGCGGCUGGCCCAGCCCGGGGACCAUGUCAGCAUCACCGGCGUCUUCCUGCCCCUGCUGAGAGCUGGCUUCCGGCAGAUAGCCCAGGUGAGAGCCGGGCGGGGGGCCAGGCCCACCGCCCCUGCCGAGAGCUGGCUUCCGGCAGAUAGCCCAGACUCACCCCGAAUCUUCAUGCCCCGGGGGUUGCGGUCCACGCCCCCCACCAGCAGGCAGCAGCAGGCCUUUUCCACGUCCUCUGUGCCCAUAGAUCUCAGCUCCCUGACCCCAGCUCGUCCUCCUCGCUUUGUUCUCUUCACGAUGCGAUGCGCCUCAGCUAGCCCCACCGCACAGGGCACCGUUUCGGGGCCUUUCCUGCGAAUGGAGAUGCGGAAGAGCCGCGGCUCCAAGUUCAUCACAGUCCAGGAGCUCCUUGAAGAUGCACGGAGCAAUAGCGAACAGGAUGCCACGGUGGGGCACCGCCUCCGCGCCCCAUCAAAGCGUGGCUUGUGCACGGCCCGGCUGCGGCUGGUGGACGUGGUGGAGAAGGAGGACGUGAAUGAAGCCAUGCGGCUCAUGGAGAUGUCCAAGGACUCGCUGCUGGGGGACAAGGGUCAGCAAAGCAGCCCUCCCGCCCCGCUGCGUGCAGAGGAAGAUUUCUACGACAAGCUGGCAGCCUCCAUCGCCCCUGAGAUCUAUGGGCACGAGGACGUGAAGAAGGCCCUGCUGCUGCUGCUGGUGGGGGGCGUGGACCGCAACCCCCGGGGCAUGAAGAUUCGGGGGAACAUCAACAUCUGCUUGAUGGGUGACCCAGGCGUGGCCAAGUCCCAGCUGCUCUCGUACAUCGACCGCCUGGCCCCCCGCAGUCAGUACACGACGGGGCGCGGCUCGUCGGGCGUGGGGCUGACGGCCGCCGUGCUGCGGGACCCGCUGACGGGGGAGCUGGCCCUGGAGGGGGGGGCGCUGGUCCUGGCCGACCAGGGUGUCUGCUGCAUCGACGAGUUCGACAAGAUGCUGGAGAGCGACCGCACGGCCAUCCACGAGGUGAUGGAGCAGCAGACCAUCUCCAUCGCCAAGGCGGGCGUGCUGGCCACCCUCAACGCCCGCUGCGCCAUCCUGGCGGCCGCCAACCCCGCCUACGGGCGCUACAACCCCAAGCGCAGCCUGGAGCAGAACGUGCAGCUGCCGGCGGCCCUGCUCUCCCGCUUCGACCUGCUCUGGCUGAUCCAGGACCGGCCCGACCGGGACAACGACCUGCGGCUGGCCCAGCACAUCACCUACGUCCACCAGCACAGCCGGCAGCCGCCCUGCGCCUUCCAGCAGCUCGACAUGAAGCUCAUGAGGUGGGCAGCGCUGACACAUUCCCCCCCUUUCCCCAGGCCGCAGCGGGCGGCGGACGUGAUCUUCGCGGCGGUGCGGGAGCUGGCGGGCGGGGCGGGCGGGCGCUCUGUGCGCUACGCCGAGGCAGAGCAGCGCUGCGUCUCCAAGGGCUUCACCCCCGCCCAGUUCCAGGCUGCGCUGGACGAGUACGAGGAGCUGAACGUCUGGCAGGUGAACCAGGCCCGAACCCGCAUCACCUUUGUCUGAGCUGCAGGGUGCGGGAGGGGCUGUUCCUGCCCCCCUCCCAUCCCAUUCCUGGGGGGGUUCCCCCGGGGUGGGGGGAGAUGGGUCAUCUCUCUGGGGCGUGCUGCCCGGGCCAGGUUCUGGGCAAGUUGUUCCCAGCCGGGCCCCUGUUCUGUGCCGUUGGGGGGGGACUCCUGGCAUUGCGGAUGCGUUGCUGGGCUUGUUCUCUUCCCAAUAAACCAGUGUUUGUACGUUACGGUGCGGCUGGGGCCGCAGG